AAUCGCUUCUGAAAAGGAAGAGAGAGGGAGAGAACAAAAUAAGGAUAAAUUUCGGCGAAAUCGUUGAUGAGUUCUUCCUUCGUAUCGUUACGCGAGUUCGAGCCGCAAGAAAAGAAGCGCAUUGGCAUUCCAAGCGGGUUUCUACUCUCGAUUAACAUUCUCAAUUCGUGUAACUUGCGUCACGCAGCCAUGAUCUUAAGGACGCAGAGCAGACAGAAGACCGCAGCAGCUGACGUUCUCGCGGUACUUCGAUGCCAUUAAGAUUCCAGUCUUUUCUAUGCACAAUCUCUCGACAGCCGUCGCGCUCGAUCGUAUUUAACACUGCGGAAUCGGCGAGAUGCCGCUGGCAGAACGCAUCUCGGCCGACGGUUUUCUUCGACGGUGAGAAGCAGCGAGCUUGUGAAGGAAACGUGUAAACGCGCUAAAGUUCGAUCGUAGAGAAACGAUCUCCCGCUCGAAAAUCACACGAUACUGCGAUUACGAGUGUCGCAAUUAUCACGCGUUGCUACAUCGCAGUUCUGUUCAACAAUGUGAUCCGAUAGAAACGAGUCCCGCGGAUGAGCAAGCGCGUAAAUGUCACGGCGAACGUACUGCAGUGAGCGCGAAUUGUAACCGCAUCUCGUGAUCCGGAAGAUGACAUCGCUAAGCAAUAUUCGAAAAUCGAUUUAGGAUGAGGGCGAAAUUGCGCAGCUGAAAUGUUGCAUCGCAUACGUUGCGUAUCUCAUUCGAUGCAACGAUUUUUGCAAACGAAUAAUAUUCGGCGUUAACAAUUUCGCCAGCAUGUUGAAAACCGUGACAACAAAUCUGACAGUAAUAUCUCGAUCUCGAUAUCAAAGAUUUCAUCAAGAGGCUUUUGCGCAAGAUCGAGUAUAUGUGAGGAACUCGCGCCGAAACUAAACGGAGUCUGAUUCCUGCCUACGUACGAGGCGCAGCAGCAGGAGCGGGAAGAGGAGAAGGGGAAGGAGAAGGAUUCCUCAAAGAGGAAUCAGCGCGAGAUUUGUCUGUCGCGAGACCGCUUUAGGAGUGCUCGUCCACGCGAUGCUGAGGUCCUGGCCGACGAUUUUAUUGCUGAGUUGCGCCGCCGGCACGAUUGUGCCGCCGGCCGUCCUCGAGACGAUGCGCCACUUCUUCCCGGGUUUCCCAGCAGCGCCGAAGGACCCGCUGCAGGACGAAGACGCGGUCACCGGACAGCGCUACGACUUCGUCGUGAUCGGCGCCGGCUCGGCUGGUUCGGUGAUCGCGAAUCGCUUAACCGAAAAUCCUGACUGGAAGGUGCUGCUACUUGAGGCAGGAGACGACGAGACCUUCUUCACAGAUAUACCGUUCCUGGCGCCGGCCCUGCACGUCACGCACUAUAGCAGGAUCUACAAGAGCGAGCCGCGGCCGCAGGACUCUCACGGUCGCCACGGUUAUUGCCUGUCGAUGGUCGACGGCCGCUGCAACAUGAUGUCCGGUAAAGCGGUUGGCGGCACCUCGGUGGUGAACUUCAUGAUCUACUCGAGAGGCGCGCCGGCCGACUACGACGGCUGGCAGGCGCUCGGCAAUCCUGGUUGGAGCUACAAGGACGUGUUGCCAUACUUCAUCAAGUCCGAGAAGUGCAAGCUAGUUGAUCGGGAUGUCAGGUAUCACGGAUAUAACGGAUAUUUGGACGUCACCACUCCUCCUUAUGCUACUCCUUUGAAGGACUAUUUCCUGAAGGCCGGCCAAGAGCUCGGAUACGACAUAGUGGAUUACAAUAGCGACAAACUUAUGGGCUUCUCAAGCGUGCAAACGAAUAUGCGGAACGGCCACAGAUUUAGCGCCUCCAAAGCCUUCCUCAGGCCAAUUUAUGGCAGACCGAACUUUUAUCUGUCCAAGUUUUCGACCGUGACGAAAAUUAAGAUCGAUCCGAGAACGAAGGCAGCCGUGGGCGUUCAGUUCGUGAGGAACCGCAAAACUUAUUACGUCUCCGCUACUAAAGAAGUCAUACUCAGUGCAGGUACUUUAAAUUCGCCGAAGAUACUGAUGCUCUCAGGAGUUGGCCCGAGGGAUCAUCUGACUUCCUUGGGCAUCAACGUGAUCGAGGAUCUUCCCGUGGGGUUUAAUUUACAGGAUCAUGUGAGCAUGACAGCCCUAACGUUUCUAGUCAACGACAGCGUGACGAUCACGGAAUCACGUUUAAGUACUAAUCCGGCGAAUCUUAUACAAUACCUGAUGGACGGAACAGGUCCGUUGACGAUACCCGGCGGUGCAGAAGCAUUAGCGUUUAUUAAUACCAAGGCCAGCGGUCCGAAAAACACGCAGAAGGGAAAGUUAAAGCCAAAGUACAUCUCGCGUCUAAACACACCGAAAAGUAGCGAACAGCCUGCCCGAGCACCCUCCGAUGUGACUUCCAUCACUGUCAAUUCCUUCGCAGCUGAUGCGAGCAAAUCGGGAACGGAGGACGAUCGGCCCGAUAUAGAGCUAAUAUCGUGCUCCAGCUCAAUGACUGGCGACAUUUCCGGGAGCUUCCGCGGUCUCCUCGGAUUAACAGACGAAUUUUACAAGGAGGUUUUCAGCGGUUACGAGGGCUCCGACGCUUUCACGAUCGUGCCGGUGCUCCUGCAGCCGAAAAGCCGCGGUAGACUCACCCUGAGAAGCUCUGAUCCGUCUCACUGGCCAGUUGUGGACAUCAAUUAUUACGAUCACGAAGACGAUCUGAACACGAUGGUGCGGGGUAUAAAGAAGGCGAUCGAGGUGGCUUCCACGAGGGCGCUGAGACGUUUUAACGCCACUUUACUGCCGGUACCGUUUCCGGGAUGCAGGCGCGUCACAUUCAACAGCGACGCGUACUGGGCUUGUGUGGCGCGUCACGUGAGCACGAGUCUGGGUCACUUCGUCGGCACGUGUAAAAUGGGGCUGAGGCAGGACUCGGGCGUGGUGGAUCACAGGUUACGAGUGCACGGCAUCAGCGGUCUCAGAGUCGUGGACACCAGCGUGAUGCCAACGAUAAUCACCGGUCACACGAACGCACCGGCGUAUAUGAUCGCCGAGAAGGCUAGCGACAUGAUCAAAGAUGACUGGAAACGCAUCGUCUCUUGAAACGCAGCCGAAACUGCUCCCAACGCUCGAUAGAACUUCGAUUAA